AAUGUCUGCGCCCAUGUUGCAACGUCAAACAAAAUUUACUUUUACAUCUCCCUGAAUAUUGUAGAGUAUUUUGGUAUCGAAAUGAAAUUUUGAAAGUAGUUUUAGAAAGAUUAUAACAUGGGUAACAAACAGAACUAUAAGAAUGGCCGUCAUGCAACGAUGUUUGUAUAUUUACAAAGUUAUUUUGUUACCAUUGCUACCAUUUUAGGAGUUGGGAUUCUAGGACUACCUGUGACCCUGUCAAGAGCAGGAUUAUACCCUUUCCUUGUUUCUUUCAUUCUGGGAUCAGUUGUACAGGUCCUCUUGGUAUAUUUCUUUGUAGAACUACUACAGAUUGCCUAUGCUGCUCAAAAUUCAGGAACAUCUCAUAAGGAGGAGAUGGUUCCAUUAAAUGACAUGUUAGAGGAUGAGAGUUGUGAUGAAAUGGCCCCUAUGGACAGUAGAUCUGGUCCUGUACUGGCAGGUCAUGUGAUCAUACCUAAAGGUCAAGAAGUAGAAUCACCCAGUCUGUAUACAUUAGGAAGUUUAUUUUUAGGUUGUGGAUUCAAACAGUGUUUUGAAAUCAUACUGUUUUUACAAUUUGUUGGGUUUUUGAUAAGUUAUGCUCUAGCUGGAAGUGAGGCGUAUGCACAAGUUAUUGGAGUUGAUUUCCGUUAUGUUAUACCUUUGUUUGUUUGGAUUUGUACGUUUGCUGUUGUUUUUGCUCUGCAGUUAGUACAGCCAGUUGUUUCAGUUUUAACUUUCUUUAAAGGAUCACUUUUAUUAGGCACUGUGAUAAUUACAUUUAUUGUUGGAUCAGAAGUCAACCGAGAAAUCUUGGAUGAUUUUAAAGCCACUGGAGAACCGUUCCUCAUGGGAACCGUAGCUUUAGGUGGUGUUAUAAACACAAUGCCAUUAAUGUAUACAAAAGUAAAACCAGAAGCAAAACAGAUAAAGAACUUUCGUCUGUCUGUGAUAUUAGGCCUUCUGACAUGUAUGGUCCUCAAUGUUUUAUGGUGCUGGGCAGUGCUGGACAUCGUCCCACAGACAUCAACAUUCCCCUGUAAAACUGGCGUUUGUCACAGUAAUAUAUCUUUAGCAAGAUCCAAAUCAUUAGGAGAGAUAUCAACCAUUCCAUUAACAGAGAUAAUUAGAACGAAGUAUCCAGAAUAUACCUGGGUGUCUUUGUUGGUUGAAUCAUUCAUAGUAGUCAGUAUAACAGUCUCAUUCUUGGUUAGUGGAGCUGUCCUUUAUCAUACCUUGACAGGUUUGAUGAAAUCUUUAUGGCCAAAAGAUAAAGAGUCAGCGUAUAAAUCAAAGAAGAUCUGUUGUAAUGGAGAAUGUGUGUGUAAUAAGGUUGUUUCCCUGUUUCUGUUCAGUAUUGUUUUUGUAGUAGCCAUGUUAGAUCCAAGAGGUUUUGUAGAAAUGUUGGAAAAAUACUCCUCAUUAACAGUUAAUUUACAAGCUGGAUUUUUUACAUUUCUUAUGAUGCUUAGUGCAAGGAAGAAAUAUACAUUACAACAGAAAAUUUGCGUUCGUAUUCCUGGGUACAUGAGACCAUUACAGUUACUUAUACCAUUGUACUUUGGUUUCGCUGUAGUUUAUGAUGUAUAUAGUGCUAUAAGUGAUAUAAUUCAAGAAAGUUCACCAACAACAAUUAAUUCUACUCAAUUAAAUAACAGUGUUAUAGAGAAGGUUACACAGAUAUUGAACAGUCUUGACACAACAUCUAGUAGUCUUCAGUCUUCAACUCUUCCAUUUAAUUCUACAAACUUCACUGAUGUUUUUUAAUAACGAUGACGAGAAUCCGUGGAGUUUAAUAAACUUUAAUGACUGCUCUUCACUAUGAGAUUUGAUUUUUAUUUAUUUUGUUUGUGUUCAUUGGUUAAACUCAUUCUUUAAGUGUUUCUAUACAUGUAUACUAUGAAUUCAUUACUAUUUGUGGGAUACCAAUUUUUGUGGAUUUCAUGGUUAUAAGUGAAUCACGAAAUUAUAUAUCCAACGAAUAACUCAUUUUGUAUAGGCUUGUAUGCAGACUUCAGUAAAACCACGAAAAUUGAUACCCACGAAAAUAAAUGAAUCCACAGUAUUUGAAACCAAAGUUCUAGGGAAAUUAAUGGUAUCUGUGUUAUAUUUAAUGUUGCUCAAUGUGUAUUGUCGCUUUUACAAAGUAGAAAUGAAAACUCAGAUGUGCUGUUUCUGACAGAACAGUGCUUUUGUUGUAUAAAUCAGUCAUAUUUCUUGUAUGAUAAGAGUCAAGGAGGUUUGGAAAUUUUCAAAUACAGUUAUAUUAAAUAAUUUGCAUAUAAUUUAGCUGGUAAGUCAGAAAGUGUUCAUAUUUCAGUGCAAGUACCUGAUCUAAUUGUUUCUCUCUCAUAUCUAUAUUUAAUGGUUACUAAAUGACCAAAAAGGUUGUGGGUGUCCUUUUUGCAAUACCAAGGGUUAUUUAGAAUAAAAGGUUUUGCAUGAGGUGAUUUUUAAUGUUUAAAGUAUAUGUUAUAUUUUUUAAAAGUUUUUUAUGUAUUUUAUAAUAUUGGGUAAUUGUGAACUCAAUUUGUAUUUAUAAUAUAUAAAUGAUUUAUUGUAAAAAGUAUUACAAGAACUCCAGAACAGUGUAUGAGAUUGAAAAGGAUUUACUUUCAAAUAUAUUUAGGAAUAUAGAGCACAUUUUUUUAAAUAUUGGCUUAAACCAAUUGGUUGUUUUAGCUUCAUUAGCUCAUUAAAGCAUAAUAUACAUAGUUUUAUUCUAAACACACAUGAUUGUACUGAAAUAAGUCAUGCUACAAUAAUAUACAAACAGUAUCAUAUAUGAAUGAAGAUUGUUCAGAAAUAUUAUUGUUGAACCAUGAUAAUGUUUAAUCUUGUGUAUAUGAAACAAAAUUAUAUGAGGAUUGUUUUUCAAGCAAUGGUCAAAGCAUGAAAACACAGUUUUUAUUCAUAACUAUUUUUUACUGUCAAUUUAAAGAAAACAAAAAUGAAUUAGGUCCUCAUUGGUACUAUAUGUAACUCCUCAAUGAAUCUUAUAGGUUACAAAUCAUUCCAUUCAGGUUCACAAUGAUUCCAGAUGUAGAGCUGAGGAGAGCAGGAUAUGACAGUUGUUUUCCAUUUCUUAUAUUUGUCUGAGCUUUUUAAUUUUGCAAUUUGAUAAAGGACUUUUCGUUUUGAAUUUUCCUUGGAGUUGUAUGCUUUUGUCUGAAUGUUAUUUGCUCCUAAAAUUGAUAUAUAAUAUCAAAAUAUUCAAAAGAUGAUAUAAAUGACAAACUAUAUAUGAUGCUCAUUAUGAGAAUGUUUUUGUUUAUCAUUUAGGAAGUUUAAUACUAAUUGUGCAAUAAUAGAAUAUGUGAUUAUGUACUACAAAUAAAUGAAUUUGUUAAAAAAAAAAAAACAAGUAAAGUACACCAAUUGCUGUGUCUAAAAUUAUUUUGUAGGACACUUUUACAAAGUUGGCACCAUUUCAGUGUUAUAUCAAUUGAAUAGAAAUAAUAUGUUAUAACCUACAUCAUUUUUUUGGUAUGAUUUUUUUUGCACAGGAAAGAUAGAUUUAGUAUUUAUUAAAUGUAACUUGUGGUUUGGGCUACUGUCUUUUGUAAAACAUUUUAUUAUUAGAAUAAUUGCAUAUUAUAGAAAUUAUUUUUGAUCUGAAUAUUUAAAAUUAUGAUCAUACCUAUUUAUUUAUCGUUAUUAAUAAAUAUAUUAAAAUACUGGC